CUCCCAUUGACUUCGAUUGUAUGGACACAAAACUAUUGAAUCAUUUCUCAAAAUGUCAUACAGGUUUUAAACAACAUGAGUAAUUGCACAUGUAUAAUUUCCUCUUUGCUUGAGCAUGCAUAAGGAAGUUGAUGUGAAUGAUAAGGGCAGACAGCUACAUCAAGGCACACUGGACAUAUUGAAAGGGAACAACUGGAUUGCAUAUGGAGUCAUCAUUUCUGAGAAUAUCAGACUCUCUAACCAACUUUACCGCUGCAACGGAUGACAUGAAACUGCAGAACACGACAUGUGACAAGGUCCCAACUCACCCCGGCUUCAUAUUUGCAUACUCACUAGUGUUUCUCAUCAGUCUGUUGCUGAAUUGCGUCACAAUGCGGGUGUAUUUCUGUACCAAUCAACGUGUCCAAUCCAGUGUCACAGUUUACAUGAAGAAUCUAGCCGCUGCUGACUUCUUCCUUUGUCUUUGUUUACCCUUGCGCAUUGCUAACUAUGCCACGCAUUCAGUGAGACUGCGCAAUAUUUAUUGCAGCUUUGGAGCAUCAGCCUUCUAUUUAAACAUGUACGCAAGCAUGGUCUUCAUGGACCUUAUUGCUGCAAACAGGUACCUGAAAAUUACCCGGCCAUUGAAGACUCACGCUCUUCAGAUGGUUCGUACCGCACGCCACAUUUCCAUAUCAACUUGGCUCUCCUUGUUAGCCAUGGCUUCCAUCUACCUAGUCGUAUUUCUCCAGACCUCUUGGAGUAACGAUAAACAUACAGAGGGAUUCGGCUGUGAAUCUUUACACAGUGCUAAGGUCAAGUUGGUCUACAAAAUCACUCACUGUGUCUCCAUGUUGCUCUUCAUUUUUCUGCUGGUUUCGCUGAUACUUUUCUACUGGGGGACUUUAAAAAAGAUCAGGCAAGUUCAGCUGUCCACACAGACCAACUCUAAUAACGAUAAGUUUAACAAGUCAAAGCGGAACAUGUUGGUUCUAGUGGUUAUUUUUUGCGUGUGCUUUGUGCCAUAUCAUCUGGUGAGGCUUCCUUACGCAUUCAUCAAACCCCAUUUGAAAGACUCCACAGCCCAGGCAUUUUACAUCUUAAAGGAGCUGAGUGUGUUGCUUUCAGUGCUAAAUGCAUGUUUGGAUCCGCUCAUUUAUUUUAUCUUCUGCAAGGCCUUCAGAGCCCAGCUGAAUCUCAGGAAAAAGACAGAAUCAUCAGCAUCCAAUAAAGAUCAAGGACCGCAAAUGAGCAACAUGUUGAGCAACAUUGAGACCAAAGUAUCCACGUUAAGACACGAAAGUGUCAUUUAGGCUUAAAUUUUUACCCAGUAGACUGCAAUGUCAUGAAAUGUCAUUGAUAAAGUCUAAAUAUAAUCAUAAUCAGAGCAGAAAUGACUGUGUAAAGGAUUUACUGCACCUGCUGAUACCGUAGCAUUAAAUGUCAGCUUGACUGACCAUUUACCUCAACUUUAACUUUGAUAAAACAGGUAUGAGAUUCUAUUCACCUGUUAAAAAACUGGGAUUGUAAACAUAUACAUUUUUUUUAUUUUAAGUUGUAAUAUUGUAAUCACAUUAUGGCAUAGAAAUAUAUGGUAUAUGUAAAACUGUUUCUGUCCUGUUUCUGAACUAAACAAAGCUCUACAUCUCAUAUUCUUAAUUGAUGGACCCUUUCCAUAUAAUCUAUGGAAAUCUAUACAAUCUACCUCUAACUUUUAAACAGUUUUGCUCAGUUGUUUUAUGUAGACCCGUCAAACUAUUUCUUCAUAGCAGCACGACUGCAUGCGGUCAGUUAUUGCUUGAGCAUCACU